CAUACGCCGCCGCCGAUGGGGUUCGCCGGCGGGGCGACCGCGCCGCUCUUGCUCCUCCUCCUCCUUGUGGUUGCUGCUGGCGCGGCCGCCAACGACCAGAUCUUCACCACCUCAGGUGUGCCGUUUGGGAAGAACUCGCGGGAGCCGAGGUACCGCGUGGAGUUCCAUCCCGUCGAUUCUCCCUACCACCCGGAGAAUGGCCAAGAAUCCGAACCGAUGACUAGCCACGAGGGAAAACAUUACACGUGCUACCUACCAGUCGAGGAAACCAAGACCAUGAAGUCGAUUGUCCCGCAAAAUGCAACCAAUGUUAUAGUAGAAAGCGAACGGAAAGUUAAACCAAAGGAGCCAGAUGAAUUGCUGGAGAUCCUCAAAGAUCAGUGCUUUUACAGGCAUGAAGGUUGGUGGUCUUAUGAAUUCUGCUAUUAUGGGAAAAUCCGACAGGUUCAUGUCGAGGGUGAGAAGGUUAUUCAAGAGUAUGUUCUAGGUGAAUUUGAUGCUGAUGCAACCGAUGCUUACCAUGAAAAUCGCACCUCUGAGUCUGAUGAUGAGGAUCAUGUGAAAGAUACUUCUAAGCGAUAUCAUGUCCACCUGUACUCAAAUGGGACUGUAUGUGAUCUCACAGAUAUACCGCGGUACACAGAGGUUAGAUUUGUUUGUUCUGAGCCCACAGUACUGAUCAGCUCGAUAAAAGAGAUAUCUUCCUGCAAAUACGUUUUGACAGUACAAAACCCAAUGCUCUGCAAGAACCCGUUAUUUCAGCAGGAAAAGCGCACCUUCUUCAUCCAUUGCAAUGAGGUCCUUGCUGAAGUUGAUACCACUGAAGAUGAAGACUCUCUUCCAAAAGAAGCUCAGAUGUCCAUCAUUCCAGAUCCAGAUGAAUUGCAUGAUUACGCAGCUUAUGCUACCUGAUUACCUCCCAAUCGCCAUUCGUUGCUAUCCUCGUCCACUGAAGAAAUAGUCAUUUUGGAGGUACAAGCAACGGCAUGUCGGCAGCAGCACCAUCCCUUAACUUGUUCUGUCUGACCGUAAUUAGUCUUACAUGGUGCUCUUGAGCAUAUAUGCAUCCAUUCAUCUGAAGCAGUUGAGAUUGUCAGACUAGGAUGAAGAGGAGAGUGUCAUUCUGUACUAUAGUAUAAAUUAGUAAAGGACAUAUUUGAGAUGCUGCCAGGCUAGACACCAACAUUGGUUGAAAUGUUUACAGAAGUAAUGCAGUGAUGUUUAGAGUGUGUUUUGUAAUGAACUUUUCUUUGCAAAGCACUGAUGUGAACUAUAGCAAA